GCCGCUGGGCCUGCCCAAACGACAGUUUUCCCCAUAAUCAUGCCGACUUUCUCCCGCGGCCCCGAGUCCGCUCGGCGGUGAAGAUUGAGGACGCCCGACUCGGCGGGCCAGAUUUUCAGUCAGCCUAGCGAUGGGAGAAGGGAAAGGGCAGAGGGUAACCACCACCCUAGACCCGCCCCACCCGGGGCCUAGCUCCUCUACUCACAGCUUCAAAAAGAGAGAGCGACCUAGCGUCCCCAACGUCUACGGCGGCGCCGCCCUACCCUUCGCCCUCCGCCGCGCGAGUCCAUUGGCCACUGGCGGCUGCUCUCACGUGGGGCGAAGGCGCGCCCCUCAUUGGCCUCUGCCUGGGGGCGGGGCUAGAGAGCGCCUGGACCUGGGCAGUGUAGGGCUCAAGGGCCGGCUUCUGGUGCUUGAGGCGGGGGAGGAGGCGCAGGCGAUGGUGCCGGCGCUACGUUACCUAGGCAGUGUCUGCGGACUGGCCCGCGGGGGGUUUCCCGGGGGCUUCUCCGCGGCGUGCGCGCCCGCGCCGGGGAAGCCCUGGCUGUUGUGCCAAGGUGGCCGCAGAGCCAGCACCAGCUCAUUUGAUGUAGUCAUUAUUGGUGGCGGAAUUGUGGGGCUUGCCUCUGCCAGAGCACUCAUCCUGCGACAUCCAGCUCUUUCCAUUGGUGUUCUGGAAAAGGAGAAAGAUUUAGCUAUUCAUCAGACUGGACAUAACAGUGGUGUCAUACAUAGUGGAAUUUAUUAUAAACCUGAAUCUCUGAAAGCUAAGUUAUGUGUACAAGGCGCAGCCCUCAUCUAUGAGUACUGUAACCAAAAGGGAAUUUCCUACAAGCAAUGUGGCAAGCUUAUAGUAGCUGUUGAACAAGAAGAAAUUCCCAGACUUCAAGCCCUGUAUGAGAGAGGCCUGCAGAAUGGUGUCCAGGACCUGAGGCUGAUCCAGCAAGAGGACAUAAAAAAGAAGGAGCCAUAUUGUAGGGGUCUAAUGGCUAUUGAUUGUCCUUAUACUGGCAUUGUGGACUAUCGGCAGGUGGCUUUGUCAUUUGCCCAGGAUUUCCAAGAAGGAGGUGGCUCUGUUUUGACCAAUUUUGAAGUAGAAGAUAUUGAAAUGGCUAAAGAAAGUCCUUCAAGAAGUAAAGAUGGGAUGAAAUACCCAAUUGUUAUAAGGAAUACAAAGGGAGAGGAAGUUCGAUGUCAAUAUGUUGUGACAUGUGCAGGACUUUACUCAGACCGUAUUUCCGAGUUGAGUGGCUGCAAUCCCAAUCCGCGAAUUGUACCAUUCCGGGGAGAUUACCUGCUCUUGAAGCCAGAAAAACGCUAUCUUGUAAAAGGGAAUAUUUAUCCAGUCCCAGAUAGCCGAUUUCCUUUCCUAGGAGUUCACUUCACACCAAGGAUGGACGGCAGUAUUUGGCUAGGGCCGAAUGCAGUUCUUGCCUUUAAACGAGAGGGUUACAGACCCUUUGACUUCAGUGCCAGAGAUAUUAUGGAUAUAAUUAUCAAGAGUGGCUUGAUUAAACUGGUGUUCCAGAAUUUUUCCUAUGGAGUUAAUGAAAUGUACAAAGCCUGUUUUCUCAGUGCAACAGUGAAGCACCUUCAAAAGUUUAUCCCUGAAAUUACUGUCAGUGACAUACUUAGAGGUCCAGCUGGAGUAAGAGCCCAAGCCCUGGAUAGAGAUGGAAAUCUCGUAGAAGAUUUUGUAUUUGAUGGAGGAGUUGGGGUUAUUGGAAAUCGCAUUCUUCAUGUGAGAAAUGCACCUUCCCCUGCUGCCACUUCUUCCCUUGCAAUUUCUGGAAUGAUUGCAGAUGAAGUACAACAAAGAUUUAAAUUGUAAAUAAUGAAAGGAGCUAGCCAAUGAUUACAUUGACUGAGCUACCUCAUCAAUUAAUUUGAAAGGCUACACAUCAUCAGCUCGUGUUACAGAAUAGCACAUCUCAGGUGAAUAGAUUAGACAGUUCUUCAACACUUGGGAUGAGAAUACUGAAAGCAGUUGGAAAGUAUUCACAGAGGAAACAAGCCCUAAUGGUUCUUCAUAACAACUGAUUCCUCCAAGAAAUGUGAUACACAGGGUAUUUUCUGUUUCAUUGCAAGACUAUUAAGAGAUGGAAAAUAUUACAAUUCUCUAUUUCAUUAACAGUAAGAUUGCAUAUACACUAAGCUGUGAAAGACUGAAGUUAUAAAAAUAACUACCCUAAUUAAAGCAACCCCCAUUCCAUUUGGGUCUUUACCCCAAAAAAUACAAGUGAAAAAAUUAUUGAAAGCGUUUUGAAUGUGUAGAUUAUUCUAUUUGUAAAACGUUUUUAUUUAUGUCAAUAGAGUUUUGUUGUGGAAUAAUGCUAUAAUAUUUAAAAGUUUUGUGUAUUUCUAAG